GCAAGAUAAAGUAUACGACACACGUUACCCUAUAGCGCUUUCUUCCAUGAGAAAAAAAAAGACAAUAACGGAAAGAGGGAAAUAUAUUGGAAAAUGCCAAAACUCGAAGAUAACCAGGGCGCUAAAAUGCUAAUUUGAAUUCGCAAUACCCAAACCAGGUCGAUAGAGCUUCUCGUCAAUAUUGUGCGAUGAAAGAAGAAGGAGAAGGGGAAACGAUCAUUGAAACUCUCUCAGAUACUCUAGAUUCCUCUUUCAAAUUCCAUCUUGUUACUGAUAUUUUAGGUUUCGUCCUCUUUAUGCACCAGCAAAUCCCUUCCUUACUGCAGGAUCUCACUCUAGAAUUUGAUGAAUUGAACACUGAAUUCGCUGAAUUGGAGACAGCUAUUGUACAAGCAGAGACGUGCUCUUUACGUAAAAAGCAUGCUUCCAGGAAGAGGGAGGUGAGGAUGGGAAUAAGGAAACUGGACAAGUUAAUGAACACUAUAUCCAGUCUCAGGACUGCUCUUCAAUUAAUGAUCACAGAAUUUCCUGCUAUUCAAAGGGUUGUUCUGAUUCUUGGGCCUAGUCCUUUGCGCCCUCUACAUGUGUAUGAACUCAACUUUUCGAGUGAAACGGCAGCCUCUAUAGGAGAUUUUAUUAGGAAUCGAAUUGUGGAAUUACUUUCAAAGAAGGCAAUUCGGGUCUUAGUUUCAAAGGGUGCAGGAUCUGGCUCCUCUGCUGGUCCUACCAAGUUGUUCCUCUUCGUUCAAGCUCCUUCGUCAAUUAACUUGCAUCUGCAUUUUCUUCCAAAGAGGGAUUUCAGGUACAGCAAAAAGAUAGUUCCUUUCAAAGUGCGGUUUAGUUGUAGAGCCAAAAAUCUUGAAAGAGAAGCGUGUGCUGAUGAUACUCACACUGCUAAAGCAAUCACAUCGCAUAGUUCUAAUGUCGAUGAUGUUAUCUGAUUAUCAGUGGCAUCAAAAUCUAGUAAAUCAAAGAACUUAUGAUGGUUCUUAUCUUGCCUCUAACUAAAAUGUUAGUUAAAUUGUUUACGUGGAAUCUUAUAGUCUUGCAAUGUUUAGCUUUCAACAUAAAAUACUUUAUUUGUCCUCUUAAUGCGUUUUUUCCCAAGUUUUGGCAUCCUGGAACAUUACUUCUGUUCGCCGACAUAGGAUGAGAAAGUAUGAGAAAAGAAAUGCGCUUAUUUAUUAAGUUGAGCGCUAUUUGAUUUGUGAACCUUCAAAUUAGUGAUAACUAUGUCUAACAUUUUAACUUCUUUUUACCUGCAUCACUGAGAUGAGAUUUGUGUUUCCUAUUCCCUCUGGCUAGAUAAUGGCAGUCAUGGUAUGUAGUGGUUAAAAUAUCCUGUCUAAAGGCCUAAGAGAGACACAGAUGGAGGCUAUGAUCAGUCUCGACCAAGUCACUCGCAUAGUAUAUAAGGUCAUAGCGAUGUGAUAAUUUUUACACUAUAGAUUGAUUUUCCUAUUAGCAGUGGCUCCAGGUGCAUGUCGGAUCCUCCAAAAAUAGCAUUUUCGGAGGAUUUGACACGGGCACAACGUCAUUUUUGGAGAGUUCGAGCAAACAUAGGCUGCAUAACUUUAUUCCGUAACCGAACGACCCUAAGGUUUAGAGGCUAUUCCUUAAAUGCACAAAAUCCUUCUCUACUCCAUCUAAAGCUCUCUUAUUUCUCUCUCCAUAGGUCCACAUAAGUGCUAGGAGCAACAUUUUCUUCCUUUCCGUCUUUUAAAGUCCAACUAAAUAUUGUUUCUUUCCAAAUCAUUUCAGAACCUACAACAGGCAAGACACUAUCUGGCAAUGUAAGAGGAGGUGAUUGACAUCUUCUCCUAAGUUUCUACACAUGAAACACCACCUGACACAAGUAAUCUUCCUCUUCCUCAAGUCCUUUGAGGUCAAGAUCACCCCCUUCGCAGCCAACCAAGCGGAAAAACACUGUUCCUCGAUACCCUAGGGUUCUAUACUGAAAUAUGUGGAAAAGCUGACACCCCUAAACAGAAGCUUCUCAUAAUAGGACUUAAUAGAAAAGACGGCGUUAUUCCCACCCGUCAUCUCCGUACAUGGUUAUCCGGCAUAGUGCUUUGGUUGUGAAGCAAUUCAACCAAACGUUGAAACUUUGCAUACUCCAAUCUUGCAGUCCUCCUAAACCUCAAAUUCCAAUGCACUACUCCACCUUGCAGACUCAGUAGUCGUUGGACUGACAUCCUUUUUUGGCAUGAGAUUCUUACAUGUUUGGAAAUGUGAUUCUGAAAAUGUUCUUCCCGCUCCAUUGGGUAGCGCUCAGCUGUAGCAAUUCUUUUCUGAAUCAGCAUUAAAUAUUCCUCUUCCUGAGAUAAUAUAUUGACUAAUGAUGCUUUCUGGUGCCAUCUUUAUGGUUUUGGUUUGGAUUAAUUCGUGACUCAAAUGUCAUAAGCUGUCCGGUCUUCCUACAUUAAACCAGUAGAUGAAAUUAAGCAUUCCUUUUUUUUGUUUCCUGAUUCCUAUAUAAAGUUUUGUCAAUACAUUUCCGAACAACUGGGGACCCUUAAAAGUGUCCAUGUAAUUAUCAGUUAGAUCAGGGCAGCAGCUGCAAUGACUUUUUAUAUGCGUAGUUGGUUUUCCAUGUUAUGUUAUUUCUACCUCGGAUUUAAGACCAAAAAUAAUCUUGAGACAAAGGGCAUUACUGAGAAUAGAGUACUGUAUUGUUACA